AUGACAAACACCGAUUGCGUUGACGAUGCAUUUACACAAAUUGAUACAAAUCAAGAUGGAGUUAUUGAUAAAGAUGAAUUUCGUAAUAUAAUGGGAAAGUCUGAAACAGUAACUUCAACACCAUGUGAAACAACAACUCUGGGAGUUAAUCGAUAUGGUAGUGCUACUAUUCGAGAUGAACGAUAUGGUAGUGCUACUAUUCGAGAUGAUCGAUAUGAUUAUGCUACUGUUCGAGAUGAUCGAUAUGGUAGUACUACUAUUCGAGAUGAUCGAUAUAAAUAUAACGCUAUUGGUUACAAUGAUUUGGGUUGUACGGCUGAUAAAUAUACUACUCAUGGAACCACAUUAGCAACUCGUGACUUGAUUAAUCAAACGGCGAUUGUUACUAGUUGUUCAGAAGAAACGAGCCGAUAUCUGGAAAAAUAUGCUAAUAAUAUUUAUAUUGAUUCGAAUCCACAAAUCAUUCGACGAACAACAACUGAAAAUCCAGUAACAUAUGAACAGCGAGUUCUUGUUCGAUAUCUUCAACCACCACCUCUUCCACCACCAGAACCACUCAUCAUUAAAGAAGUGUGUCCAGACCAACCACCACCGCCUCCACCACUUAUCCUACGUGAACAGGCGCCACCUCGUCCUUCGCUACCUCCGCUGGUCUUACGUGAGCGACCACCAAUACCACCACCACGUCUUCCCGGCGAAACAAUUACUCGUGUUUUACCUGCUGUACCUGUUCCCCCAAGAUCAGUUGUCAUCGAACGUUAUCCAGCUCCUCCUGAAAAACCACGCGAUAUUAUUAUUGAACGAUGGCUCCCAUACGGACCUGAAUCUGCGCGCCGUACGAUUGUUCAACGUGCUUGUUGUGAUGUUGCAUACCCACAACCAUAUUAUCAUAUAAUUGUUUAUGAUGGCGUUCAAACGCGUAUAAUACGAAGAUUUGAAAACCUUGGCGUCGUUCAAGAAUGUCCUGACGCUUACAAAGCUCGCUAUGGAUCAUCACUUAUUGAUUCAUCAACACUUGUCCAAAAGGCUCGUGAUGCAGGCGUUGUUGAAGAUAUAUCUCUUCGGUCACUAUCAUCUUCAACAAUUGUGAAUGAUCGCAGAAGUAUUGUUGAUUAUGAUCGGUCAAGAGAAAUAAUCAAUCAAGGUUGUUCAUCAGUAGGUGGAACUAGUUAUGAAACAAUUCAUCGAGUUUCUUCUGGUGUUGAAACUACUAAUCUUGGUAAUAGAAAUUCUAUAUUAUUAGGAUCGCACUUAGUUGAUAAUGGCGGUUCAUCUCGCACUGUUUAUCAAACCCAAAGUGGAUUUGUUGUCGGUGAUACGAAUUGCUCUAACUAA